AGAUCACGCUAGUUCGCAACCAUCUACGGAAGAAACUCGUUCUAGUAAAAAGAGAAUAAGAAUAGAAAAGAAAAGAGGAAAACUAAGAGAAAGACAAACAGAAUUUAAGAAUCGUAAGGUAUAUCUAUUUCAUUAAAAUUAUUAAUUUUUAGUUUAACUUAAUAAAUAUUUACUGUCUGUGUUAAUAAGAAAGAAAAAGAAUUAUAUAAUAAUAUCUAUUUAUAUAUACAAAUACACUUUCUAUCCGUCUUUACCCCUAUAUAGGCUGAAUGUCUUAUUUUAUAGAUUACAAUUUAGCUUUAACAAACGUUUCGGUGAUUUUUCAUAAUGGGAAGAUUGAAAUUGAAUAAUAAGCCUAUACAGUUCAACUUUUGAGAAAGAUGAAUUGUAUUUAUAUUUAUAGGUUUUUAUAUAUACUUUAUGUAUAGUAUUUUCUAUAAAAUCUCUUGCUAGAAUAAGAUCUAGCAGCUAAUUUGAAAAAGGUGCUAGUAGUAUAAAUUGGGUGGGGUUAAGUCCCCACUCCCAUUUCCUCUAUGUCUCUCUCUCUCUCUCUCUCUCUCUCUCUCUCUCUUUACAUUUCUCCUAGAAAUGUCCUUUUAAUUCUCAAUAUAAAGUUUAUAUAAGAAUUAAGAUGUAGUUUUAAUUAUGUAGACAAACUACUCUAUAUUAAUAGUGGAUUUAUUCUUUAUAUUAAUUAAAUUAGUUAAGUAGCUGUUUUUACAUUUGAAAUAAAUUAAUUCAAUUAACAUAAUCAGGUGUAAUUAGAUAUUAUCAAUUUAUUUCUAUUGAUUAGUUCAGAUAAUUGACAUCAAUCUAAAAAUAAUAUAUUAAGAUCCUAUUCGAUAAUUAAUGUUACUAAUUAUUAUAUAUGAUGACAACGAAAGUAACAAAAGGCACUGAAAAGAGAGACAGAGAGAGAGAGAGAGAGAGAGAAUGGGAAAUAGACGCGUACACGAAAAAAUGAGAUAGGGAUAGACAGAGAAAGAGAAAAAAAUGAUACAGAUCACUAAGAGAUUGUUAGAUGGGGUUGAAUAAAUGAAGACAACAAAAAGAAUGGGAACAAGAGAAAGAGAUAGGGGAGGGGGAGGGCGACGGGUAAAGUGACAGUGAAAGAGAGUGGGAAGACGACACAAUAUGUAAAAACGAGAGAAUGAGAGAUGGUAGGUUAGUAUAGGUUACUUAUCAAAGCCCUAUAUAUGAACAGUCUUAUGCAAUUAUGCAAAAUGAGAACGUGAGAAGGCGGUGUUGAUUUAUGCAAAUCGGAGAAUCGCGAAAUAAUCUUAUAUAUAUAGUCUGAUAAGAAGUUUAGUCAACAUUUGGAAUUUUUCUCUCAAGUGGAGACAGACAUGCUCGACAGAUCGAUCUACAAGAACGAUUGAUGACCGAUCGACGAUUGACAACGGUUAUCUGCCCGCUGUUUGUUUUUCUUAUCAGUUCGGCGCCGAUUCGCGAACAGCAGGACGAGGCGCUGAAUUACCUUCAAAAAUACGGCUAUCUUACUCAAUCGAACCACCUCGAUAUCAAAUCCGAAACGUUCAAAAAUGCACUAAAAAGCUACCAGAGAAGAUAUCAUAUUCAUUCAAAAGACGGCAUUAUCGAUGACGAAACUCUAAAGAAAAUAAGGGAGAAAAGAUGCGGUGACAGCGAUGAGGAUAUGGAGACGGAAGACGAGGUGAAAGACCUUGUUUCCAGGUCUAAAAGGUCGAGCAUGGGUAACGGUUCUAUUAAACCCGGUCAAAAAGUCUUUUAUAAUAGAAAGAUUAUUAAGUGGAGGUAUGUGACAAAGAGCAAGUACAUAUCAGAAUACAUCGUCAGAUUCGCGAUAAAUAACGCUCUAAGGUUAUGGGCGGAAGUUACACCAUUAACUUUCCGUGAAGAUACUCGUUCGGAUAUUAGGAAUAUUGAUAUUGAGAUCAGUUUUGGAAAAGGUAAACAUGGUGCGUGUCCCAUUCGUUUUGAUGGGCAUGGCCAAGCUAUUGCUCAUUCUUGGCAUGGAGCGGCUGUUCACUUAGACGAUGACGAGAUGUAUUCCUAUCCGGCGAGGCGAGAUUCACUAGACCUUGUAAAAGUUUUAUUACACGAAUUUGGUCAUGUAUUAGGUCUACGACAUACAGCACAUUCCGAUUCCAUAAUGUACGCUAUUUAUCUUAAUCCUUUUGAAGGCUAUGUUGAGUUACAUAAGUUAGAUAGACAAGCUGUACAAAAUAUUCAUGGAGUUUGCAAAGGUCGAUUUGAUGAAGUAUUUGAUUGGAUAAGGCCAUUAUUGUCUGGUUCUAUUGUAUAUAAUACUUUCUUUACAAGAAAUACUGUAACCUGGUUGUAUGAGAAUAGUGCCUAUCGGACGAGGUACGGAGAUCCCCUUAAAAUCAGCAAACAAUGGAGAGGUCUACCCCAGGAUUUUAAAAUAGACGCCUAUAUUCAGACGUAUCCUGGAUACCUUAAAUCAAAAGUUUACUUUAUCUCUGGUUAUAAAGUUUAUAGAUAUGAUAGUUUAGGAAUGAAGAUUGAGAAUGGUUAUCCUAAAUUAAUAUCGCAAGUUUUCCAAGGCAUAACAAAUGAUAAGAUUGAUGCUGGAUAUUUUGACCCUAGAGAUAGGAAUAUCUAUCUGAUUAGGGGCUCUAAGGUCUUCAAGCUAAAACCAAACUCUUCCGGAGCAUCUCUCAUUUCAACAAACUCUUUUGAAUCUCAAUUCCCUAUCGAUAGAUCUCACUUUGAAACGAGAAAGCGACCUCUAACGGCACCAAUAGAUUCUAUUUAUUACUCUCAAUAUCAUUCUUCAAUUUUCAUAUUUAAGGAUGAAAGCGUUUAUAAGAUAGCAUCUUUCAAUUAUCGUUCUGUAUUUGUAUACAAUUUAAUACGAAUCUACGACAACUGGUACAACAAAUGGAAUGACAUUUGUGAAGUUUAAAAAAGAAACCUACUGCAAAAGACAUAAAAACCAAAAAAACAAAAAAGAGAGAAAACUGCAUUAAAUGUACAAUUUAUUGCUGAUUUCUUUCUUUUUAAUUAUUUAUAUUAAACGUAUAUAGAACGUCGAUUGUAACAAAGGGAAGAAAUAAUAAGAAAUUCAAUACUUUUAUGCAAAUUAGCACAUUCUUAAAAUUUUAUAAAUAGUAAAUUAUUUUUCCAAAAAAAGC